AGCAAACGCUGGUACCGGAGCGUGCAGCCAACCCUCGCGAGCCAGUAGCCUCGGUGAAUUCGAAUCAGCUGGACGCCAGAAGGACAACGGUAGCCCUUCUGCAAGAGGAUGACUUACCCGACGGCCCCAGGCCAUCAGGCGUACGAGACCGCUGCCGUAGGGCAAAGCUAUCCUUUUCGCAACCAGGGCUACCAAGUAUCGGGAAUACAGCAGCAUGUACCGCAGCAGGGUUACGCGACCGUCCAGAAUGCCCCACAGGAUGCUGCCAUCCAACAGCAACAGCAGCAAGUACCAGGUACGCAGCGACAGGUACCACAGCAGAGCUACGCGGCCGUCCAGAAUUCCCCGCAGGCUGCUGCCAUCCAACAGCAGCAGCAGCAGCAAGUACCGUGCUCACAGCGGCAGAUACCACAGCAGGGCUACGCGGCCGUGCAGAAUGCCCCGCAGGUAGCUGUCAUCCAACACCAGCAGCAAGUACCGGGUACGCAGCGGCAGAUACCAUGGCAGGGCUAUGCAGCCGUUCAGAAUGCCCCGCAGGCGGCUGCCAUUAAACAGCAACAACAAGUACCAGGCACCCAGCGGCAGGUACCACAGCUGAGCUACGCGGCCGUCCAGAAUGCCCCGCAGGCGACAGCCAUCAAACAGCAACAGCAGCAGCAAGUACCAAACACGCAGCGGCAGAUACCACAGCUCAGCUACGCGGCCGUGCACAAUGCCCCGCAGGCAGCUGCCAUCCAACAGCAACAGCAAGUACCGGGUACGCAGCGGCAAGUACCACAGAUGAGCUACGCGACCAUCCAGAACACCCCGCAGGCGGCGGCCAUCCAACAGCAACAGCAGCAGCAAGUACCGGGCACGCAGCGGCAGAUACCACAGCUGAGCUACGCGACCAUCCAGAACACCCCGCAGGCGGCGGCCAUCCAACAGCAACAGCAGCAGCAAGUACCGGGCACGCAGCGGCAGAUACCACAGAUGAGCUACGCGGCCGUGCAGAAUGCCCCGCAGGCAGCUGCCAUCCAACAGCAACAGCAGCAGCCAGUACCUGGCACGCAGAGGCAGAUAGCACAGCAGGGCUACGCGUCCACACAGAAUGCCCUGCAGGCCGCUGCUCUCCAACAGCAACCGCGGUACGCAAUGACAAACCAGGGCUACUACCCGAACGCAACGGCUCCCGCCUGCCAGACGGCUGCGGCACUUCAGCAGCAGCAACAGCAGCAACAGCAGCAACAGCAGAAACAGCAGCAGCAGGAGAAACAGCACCAGCAACAACAGAAGCUGCUUCAGCAACAACUGCAGCAACAGCAGUAUGCGCGCCAAGACCAGGCCUACCAGAACUACCCUGCGCAUUCCUACGCCGUACCGCAGACCAGCCAGGCGGCGUACCAGCAGUCGCCGGGCUACCCGGGUUCCAAAAGCUACACAGGUGCACAGAUGGGUGCUUCGGAGUACCCGCCGAACGGAUUGGCGAGCUACUCGGCUGGCCGGCCCAGCGCAGCUGCUACUGCUGAGAAGCAGUCAAAAAGUCCGUGGGCCGCUUACCAGCAGGCGACGGGGGCGCGGCCUUCUCGGUGUCCCUCUCCGCAGAACGCCGACGCCGGUCGCCAAAAUUACUACUACGGUAACAUCUACUCAAGCGCAAGCGGAUACCCUUCAGGCUACGGGAUUUACAGCGUCUCCACUCCGGCCGGCUACCGUAGGCAGAGCUUGGGACAGGGAUACGGACAACCAGGUGUCUGCCAAGCGCAGUCCCGUUAUCCCCAAGGUCGCUAGCCGCCGGAGCCACCCGCCGCACGGUCACCAACCACCGCUGCAGCUGCAGAGACGUGGACCAACGGAAUGAUGACCCGAGCUUGAAGGGACACCAAGCUAAAUUAAUAAAGUAGUAUU